AUGGGAAUGAUCAACAUUGAUCGACAUGUAGAUCUAGGACCAGCGGCUCUCAAAUAUGGUUGGACCAAUAAUUUAACACUGGGUUUAACCGAAUUUUCAGCUGCGAUUUUGAUUAGAGACCCCGAAGAAUGCUGGGAUCCGAUUUUGUAUGGACUUAUUAUCGGUCACAGGAUAUGUCACUAA